GCACCUGUCAGGUUCAGGCGCCGCCGCCUACGCAGUACGCAGGCACGCGAUCCCCGUGCAGCCACAGCACCAGCCGGCGUCGGCCGAUGAGAUCAGGACUCUUUGGAUUGGAGAUCUGCAGUAUUGGAUGGAUGAGGCGUUUGUUUCUGGCUGCUUUGCUAGUACUGGGGAGGUUGUUUCAGUGAAACUUAUCCGAAACAAACAGACAGGACAAUUGGAAGGAUAUGGCUUUAUCGAGUUUGCAACUCGUGCCACUGCUGAAAGAGUCCUCCUGACAUACAAUGGCACUCUGAUUCCCAACACUGAUCAAGCUUUUAGGCUGAAUUGGGCAUCCUUCGGUGCAGGUGAGAGGCGAGGAGGAGAUGACAGUGCUGAUUACACUAUAUUUGUUGGGGAUUUAGCUGCAGAUGUUACAGAUUACAUGUUGCAAGAGACUUUCAAGAGUCACUAUCCAUCAGUUAAAGGUGCUAAAGUUGUGACAGACAGAACUACAGGGCGCUCUAAAGGAUAUGGUUUUGUUAGGUUUGGAGAUGCAAAUGAGCAAGCACGUGCCAUGACUGAAAUGCAUGGAGUGUAUUGCUCUUCAAGGCCUAUGCGUAUUGGGGCUGCAACUACCAAGAAGACUGUCGGUGGUCAGCAGCAGUAUUCUACAAAAGCUUCUUAUCAGAAUUCCCAGGGAACUCAAUCUGAGAGUGAUCCAGAUAAUACUACAAUAUUUGUUGGUGGCCUGGACUCAAAUGUAUCUGAAGAGGAACUGCGCCGGCUUUUCAGUACCUAUGGGGAAUUGGUCCAUGUAAAAAUACCUGUGGGAAAGCGAUGUGGUUUUGUACAAUUUGCGAACAGGCAAUGUGCAGAAGAAGCUAAGCUGAUGCUGAAUGGAACUUUGGUUGGUACUCAAAACAUUCGUCUUUCAUGGGGCCGCAGUCCUUCAAAUAAACAGGCCCAGCAGCAGGACCCCAACCAAUGGAGUGGUGGAAAUUAUUAUGGCUAUGGGCAAGGCUAUGAUGCAGCAUAUGCAUAUAAUCAACAAUCUCAGGAUCCGAACAUGUAUGCUUAUGGAGCCUAUUCAGGUUAUCCCAACUAUCAGCAACAACAGGUGAAUUACCAGCAACAACAGUGAUUUUUUGCUGACCGGCUCAGAGUUUUACCGGUGUUCGAGAUGAUACACGUAUUCUUGAUGUUGGAUAUGCGCUUGCUUGCUGUGGAGCGGAAUUGUUUGCUUUUUGUUUCAGUUGGCAGGAAUGAGUGAAUGGGAGUGAUGAAGCUACCUUUUAUGUUUUUUGUCUUAUGUUUAACUGUUCUACCUAGUAGUAAUGCGUGUAUUAUUAGUACGAGUACUACUUUGUAGCUUUGAUUGGAAGUGGUAUUAUCUUUGUUUUCAGAGAUUAGCCUAUGGAAGGCUUUAUGGCCUUGCCUUUCGUGC